AUGCAGGCCCACCACCGUUCGCACAUCGGUUCGGAUACAAGCCUUGGCUCUGUGGUGAUGGGUGGUCAUUGCGCGUCCUCGAACGGCGCCGAUUCUAGUGGUCAAAGUAUGUCUUUUGAUGCUGCUCGGCAGACGACACCAUUCAUGUUGAAUUUAUCGGCGGCGCCUUUGACCGUCAAUUCGGACUCCCUGAGCCGUGAGUCCACACUCGGUCAUCGCAUCAUUUCCAUGUCGGCAUCGAGCGCGUGCAACCCUUCUUUCCAACUACAAGAUGCGGACAAGGGAGCCGGCGGUCAGAGACACCUCGAGAACGGUUCUGGUUUGGCGGGUUCGGCCUCUCCUGCGCCCAUGAUGGCUCACUCUGUUUGCUACGCUGCUAAUGAAGACACUCUGAGAGAUGCGCUCGGCGGUCAGUUGGGCGACUACUCGUUUCGACGGCCGUCCUUUCCAGAAGGAUCGCCCUCUUUGCAGCCAAGAACACAAGUUCAACACCCUCACUACGACUACGCCACACACAACGCGCUUCAAAAGACGCCCCUGAUCCAGCAGCGGGAGGCCUCGGAACUCCAGCCGAACAGCGGCUCUUGCAACAGCCUCUCCUCUUUUUUGCAAAAGCAGCCAUACUACGGCGGCGCGUCGCCGGACGACUCCCCCGCUCAGCUCGCUGACGGCGGGCGCCGUCAGCUUUUGUAUGCGCCGAAGGGUGCUUGCGAUCCCUCUUCGCAGUCCCUAGAUCGCCAUGUAUUCAAAAAUGACCAUGAGGGCGAUGAGAACAGCUCGUCCAACCAGCACAUGACGCGCUUUGGCCAGUGCGUCGACGAAGGCAAGAGAGGCCAGGUGGGUGACAAGCCGAUGGGCAGUACGUCAUUGUCUUAUAGCGCUUCCGCGAAUUGGAGCGAGGGCGGUGUGCUAUGCCAGUCCCCAUCGUCGCUGGCGCCGUCGGGUCGAGACACGUCUGGGGACUUCGAAGCGAAGCCCAAACAGCAGGGCGCUUCGUCUUCGGUGCGCGUCUCGAGCGACCCAGGAUUUGUCUCGUCGACCCAGCCGUAUCAAUACUACGAGGGCCCCCAGGGAGCCGAGGCCCAUAGGAGCGGUCGACCCUUGCUCGGCCUGUCGUCCUCGGCGUCGCCCAAGGAGUUCGGACCUCUGAAGGUCAGCGGCGCGUCUCCGUCCAUGUCUGCCGCGAUGAGGCGGCCGCCCGGCAUGUCCAAGGGUCAGCCGGUCUCUCAGUAUUCGAGCCAGAAUCACACAGGUGUACAUAUAGUUGCUCAGUCGCAAGACAGUCCCGACAUGAGCGGCGCGCAGAGGUUGUCUCCGUCUCGCGUGACUCGGCGAUACGUGGAUAGUGGGCCCGGCGUGGCGUACGCCGACGCGUCUAAAUCGUCGCCCUUGGCCGAGGGCAAGUUGGUUGGUUCCACGGCGGCGUCGAUGCGCCCGACGCCGUGCGUGCCGCAGCACUUGGAUUUCUUGUUGGUUCCGCCCGGAUCGGCGCCUGGCGCGAUGGGCCAGCGCUUUUUGAACGGCGGCGAUGGUAAGAUGAUGUACGCGGCGACGGUGCCCGUGUCGUCGAUGCAGAGGGCGCCUGGCGCUCAAAUAGCGAUGUAUCGGCCCCCGAUGGUCAUGCAUCAGCCGAAGGCGCCCGUCCCCGGUCACCCUUGGAUGUUGUCGCAGUGCGUGACGCCAGCGCCGAACCCCUCGUUGAUGCUUCAGAUGGCGCCGUCGGUCGUCCGUCCGGGCUUGGGCGGCGACGACACGGUGGUGUCGGAGGACUUGGCUAGGCCGUCGCAGCCUAAGAGGAGAGGGCGCAAGAGGCGGCGACGCGUUGGAGAGGACGAGGACGAGGAUUUUGUGGGGAGUGACGAGGACUAUCAGGACAAGAAGGAGACAUAUUACUACAGGCGUCGACGAGCGGUUGCUCAGGAGUCCGGGUACGCGAGGUGCGGCGUCCAGCAGUCGGGGGGUGCGGGGUCGCGCUUGGCGGAAGUGGCGUCUGGAUACGCGGCGCCCGCUUCGUUGGAGGGGGGGAAGGGGAUGGGUCAGGGUGGACAGGCGAGGUACUAUGGGUCGGCGGCGGAGUUGUCGAGCGAGACGGUGAUUGGCCAGCCGGUUGAGGAGGAGCCGAUUGCGCGUUCUCGGCCGAGGCGUUCGUGCAAGAGUGUCCAGCAGUUCGUGGACAGCGACGAGGAUUACAGCGACUCGAAUGCGAACGAGGAGGAGAAGGCGGGGGAGGCGAAGGUGGAGGCACCGGAGGGGGGCGGGGGCGAGGCGUUGGAGGAGGGCGGUCUUGGGUUUUCGGAGAAGAAGUUGAGCGCGGAGGUGGAGGUGGGGGACAAGACGAAGUACGAGUACUACGUUAAGUGGCAGGGGAAGUCGUACAUGCACUGCACGUGGGAGCGGUACGACACGUUGAUGUACUUGAUGGGGGCGAAGAAGUUGAAGAAUUACGUGAAGCAGAUGAUGAGCGAGAUAGAGUGGCUGAAGACGGCGUCUCCGGAGGAGGUUGAGCCGUACGACAUAGAGAAGGAGAUGAUGAGGGAUUUGUACGACGAGUAUUUGAAGGUGGACCGCGUGGUGGCGCACCGCCAGCCGGAGCCGGAGCCUGGAGGUCAGCAACAGCCGCCGGAGUACUUGUGCGUUUGGUGCAAGUUGCCGUACGUGGAGGCGACGUGGGAGAAGGCGAGGGACAUUAGCCAGUACCAGCACAAGAUCGAUCAGUAUUUGGCUCGGUCGCAGCAGAUGUUGGUGCAGAGGGUGUUUUACGGGCCGCGCGUGAUUCGCCCGUCGUUCCGCGACACGCAGUUGUUGCAGGAGACGCCGGAGUUUUUGAAGGGGGGGGAGUUGCGGGAGUACCAGUUGCAGGGGGUGAAUUGGUUGUUUUACAGUUGGUGCCACUCGAUCAAUUGCAUUUUGGCGGACGAGAUGGGGUUGGGGAAGACGAUACAGACGGUGUCGUUUUUGGCGUAUUUGCAGUUCCGGCACUGCAUUCCCGGUCCGUUUUUGGUGGUGGUGCCGCUGUCGACGAUUUCGAAUUGGGAGGCGGAGUUUGCGAAGUGGGCGCCGGACAUGAACGUGGUGGUGUAUAUGACAGAUUCGGUGUCGAGGAGGUUGAUUCGGGAGUAUGAGUUUUACUGCACGACGCCGUCGGGGAAGAAGACGACGAAGUUCAACGUGUUGAUUACGAGUUACGAGAUAGUGCUGAAGGACAAGCAGUACCUGAGCAACAUCAAGUGGAACUUCUUGGUGGUGGACGAGGCGCACAGGUUGAAGAAUUCCGGGAGCGUGUUGCACGAGGUGUUGAACGAGUUCGUGACGUCGGCGCGGUUGUUGAUAACGGGGACGCCGCUGCAGAAUUCGUUGAGGGAGCUUUGGGCGUUGUUGAAUUUUUUGGAGCCGCAGCGGUUUCCGUCGUGGGAGGAGUUUGAGCGCCAGUUUUCGAACUUGGAGGAGGCGGAGACGGUGGCGUCGCUGCACGCGCACCUGAAGCCGCACUUGUUGAGGAGGAUGAAGAAGGACGUGGAGAAGUCGUUGCCGGCGAAGAAGGAGAGGAUUUUGAGGGUGGGGAUGUCGUUGAUACAGAAGAAGUAUUACCAGUGGGUGUUGACGCGGAACUUUGCGGAGUUGAACCGGGGUUUGGGUCGACAGGCGCAGAGCACGUUGAGCAACAUAGUGAUUGAGUUGAAGAAGGUGUGCAAUCACCCGUACUUGUUUCCGAACGCGGAGCAGUUGGUGCACGAGGCGGCGUUGAGGCAGCAGCAGCAGCAGGCGCAGGCGGAGGGGCGGCCGGUGGUGGAGAGGUUGUCGCACGAGGUGGUGUUGGAGAUGUUGAUUCGCAGUUCGGGGAAGUUGAUGUUGUUGGACAAGUUGUUGUUGAGGUUGAAGGAGACGGGGCACCGGGUGUUGAUUUUUUCGCAGAUGGUGAGGAUGUUGGACAUUUUGGCGUAUUACAUGCGGGCGAGGGGGUUUCAUUUUCAGAGGUUGGACGGGAGCAUGUCGCGCUCGGCGCGCCAGGUGGCGAUGGAGAGUUUCAACGCGGAGUCGUCGAAGGAUUUUUGCUUUUUGCUGUCGACGCGUGCGGGUGGUCUGGGGAUUAACCUGAGCACGGCGGACACGGUGAUUAUCUUUGAUUCGGACUGGAAUCCGCAGAACGAUUUGCAGGCGGAGUCGAGGGCGCACCGGAUUGGACAGAAGAACGUGGUGAACAUUUAUCGUUUGUUGGUGAAGGACACGGUGGAGGAGGACAUUUUGGAGCGCGCGAAGAAGAAGUUGAUUUUGGAUUACGUGGUGAUUCAGCGGUUGAACACGAGGACGGGGCAGGCGGCGUCGGGGAACGCGAGGUCGAAUUUGAGUCGGGGGGCGCUGGAGGGUGGGCGAUCAGGGUUUUUCUCGAAGGACGAGUUGGCGGACAUCAUUCGGUUUGGCGCGACGGAGUUGUUCAAGGACUCGGAGGAGCAGUUGAAGUUGGACUCGAAGGGUCAGUUGAUUUUGGCGCCGAGCAGCACGAAGAGUCAGUUGUUGGAGGACAUUGACAUCAAUGAGAUUUUGGAGAGGGCGGAGGCGGCGUCGGAGCAGACGGAGGCGGCGCCGGGGAGCGAGUUGCUGAGUUCGUUCCAGGUGGCGAAUUUUGGCGUGUCGGAGGGGGAGGAGAGCGACGGCAAGAAGAGGGCGAGCAAUUCGGAGUUUUGGUCCGACUUGAUACCGCCGGACUUGAGGAGCGAGGGAGGCAGGGCGGAGAAGGGCGAGUUGGCGGUGUUGGGGCCGCGCCGUCGCGAGGAGAGGUCUAGUCGGUACCGAGGCGAGGCGAAGGGCGCUGAGGGGGGUUUAGGUGGGGCGGCGAACAUUCGGCAUCGUUUGCGCCAGCGGGGGGGCAACCUGAGUUAUCAGGAGGGGAGCGAGGGUGAUUCUCCGUCGUGGCGGGGCGAGGAGUCCCGUUCGUCGAGGAGGGAUCGUCCGCGUCGUCGUGGCAGCGCGGAGACGGACGGCGCCUCGUUGGGCGAGGCGAGUCCGUGCGCUGGGAAGGCGCGGACGCUGAGGAGUCGCCAGGAGAGUGGUGCGGAGGAGGAGGGCGACGAGAAUCGUUCUGCGGGGUCUCCUUCGUCUGCGGACUAUCUUUCGGACUCUGAGGGAGACGAUUUGGCGCGUGGGUCGGUAUCCAGGCGCGUGAGGCCGUCUCGAGCGCCUUCGGGCGGCAAGUCGAAGCGCGCGGCCUCGUCGGUUCAGCACCGCGCGCCGAAGCGCUCCAGUUUGGCGAUGGAUCCCCUGCUGCCCCCGGAAGAGAUAUUGACGACGAGUGAGAUGCGUCGCCUGCUGAUGGCCUUCCGCGAGUUUGGCAGCUUGGAUCGCGUUGACAGCAUUGUACGUCUCGCCAACCUGUCAAAGAAAAAUGUCAACAUGAUUCGUCAAACGCUCGAGCACGUCCUCCGCGAAUGCCGCGAGGAGAUUGAGUGCGUGCAGUCUCUUUUGGGAAAGGGCGAGCGAGGCCCCGACUCCUACUUCCUGUACGGUCACCAUUUUUCGUCGCAAGUCAAGCCCAUUAUCACUUUCCUGAACGUGCCGACCAACGCGGCGCAGCUGCUCCAGCGCGUCUCCGACCUCACGGAGCUGUCGAACAUGAUUUCCUGCUAUCCCGAUCCGCUCCUGUUUCGCGUGAACUUCACCGUCAAGCCCUGGACUCAGUUCGCCUCCACGUGGUCCUCUCCCGUCGACGACUCCAUGCUGCUCCUUGGCGUGCACCGUCACGGCAUGGGCCAAUGGGCCGCGAUCUCUCAGGACGAGUCCCUCGGGCUCCGGAGCAAAAUUUUGGUCCCCAACGGCCCCGUCGGCGCCCAAGUCGCCCAGCGCGUCGACUCCCUGCUCAAGCAGAUGCGCGAGGCUAAGUACGCCUCUUCCCUCCCGGACAAGGCUGCCCCUCACGGCCAGUUCUCCCGAUCCGCGCUCAAGCCCUCCUCUCCCUCGAGCGACGCGGCGAUCGGACGCGCCUCUUCGGACGACCCCCGUUCCAAUCCUCUCCACGAGCCCAAGUCUUUCUCCAAGCGAGAAGACGACGACGACGAAGACUACACUGGUGGCCGCUCCAUUCGCCGCCCCAGGUCGUCUCAGGCGAAGCUCAAGCGAUCAGUCAGGUCUGGCUCGGCGAGUCGCUGAGCUCUCUCCGCGUCUCCCUGCUCUCGCUCUGUGCCGUCCUAUCUCUCUCUCUCUCUGCCCCUGCGUCUCCUUUUCUCUGUUUUCUCCUGCUCUCCGCGUGCCGCGGGUUUCGUAAAACACAAAGCGCUUCUCGGCCGGUGCGGCCGAGUUUUCGAAUUACCUCCUGUGCUUUUGUUUUUUUUUUUGAAGGCUCUCCUCCUCUCUCCCGUUUUCCGACCCGCGGAGCCAAAAAAAAAAAAAAUAAAUAAUUUUUUUCGAAAAAAAAAAA